UGCGCGCUGGGAAAUCUAAAGGGGCCCCCCCUGGCCGCCAUAUUGUGGGGCACCUCGCUGUCGGCGCGGUCGGGCCUCGAGCUUUGCUCGCCCGCAGCUCUGCACCCCCUCCCCCCCUCACUGUCCCUGCAGCCUGCGGCCUCCUGCCGCCGCUGUGUUACCACCUCCACCCGCGAGCUCAGUCGGUUUCGCCCAGGGGAAGGGGUUUUAUUCCCCCCCCCCCAAGCGCCUGCCGGUGGUGGUGGUGGUGGACGUGGGCGCCAUGGAGGCCGUCAAGUGCUUCAACAAAGAGCUGACCUCGUUAUACGAGUCAAAGCCUCCCAUCUCUCGUGCAAAGAUGACACAGCUGACCAAGUCGGCCAUCAAAGCCAUCAAGCUUUACAAGCACGUUGUGCAGAGUGUGGAAAAGUUUAUACAGAAGUGCAAACCGGAAUACAAGGUCCCGGGCCUGUACGUAAUAGACUCAAUAGUUCGGCAGUCCCGCCACCAGUUCGGCACGGAGCGUGACGUGUUCGCUCCACGCUUCGCCAAGAAUCUCACCAACACCUUCCAGAACCUUUACCGGUGUCCAUCUGAUGACAAGAGCAGGAUCGUGCGCGUGCUCAACCUGUGGCAGAAGAACAACGUCUUCGGCAGCGAGAUCAUCCAGCCGCUGCUAGACAUGGCGGCCGGCAUCCCGCACCCCGCGGCUGCCUCCUCGGGCCCCUCGGCCCAGCAGCAGGCGGCGGCGAUCACGCCGGCCACGCCCAACUCCCCCGCCACACCCCAGCAGGCCGCGCCGCCCGCCGCCGCUGACCACUGGGGCGUCACGCAGCAGAUGCCCAACGCGGACGCUAUCGCCGCCGUCGCACAGCUGCUGCAGAGCUCGCAAAGCCAGCAGCUGCUUCAGAGCCUCCAACAAAAGCAGCAGCUACCGCUUGCACCGACGUUGGACGCCAACCUGGUGGCACAGGUGCAGGCGCUCACGGCGCAGCUCACAGCCGCCGCAGCCGUCGGCUCCACCAAGACCGGUGUGCAACAGAAUGCAUCACAGAAUGCACAGCCACCUGCUGCACAGCCUCCUUCGCUGCAGCAGCAGCAUCAGCAGCAUCAACAGCAUCAACAACAGCAGCAGCAGCAGCAGAGUGCCCAACCAGGGCAGCCUGAUCACGACUCCUCCUUCAACAAGAAACUGUUGGAUCGGUUUGAUUAUGAUGAUGAACCGGAAGCUACGGAAGAGAAGCCCGAGCCACAGUCGACGGGUUACCAUUGUGAGCGUGCUGAGCAGCCACCGGUUCCCCCCAGCAUGGAGGAGUUUCGGCAGCGUUACCUGGAGCAGCAGGAGGAGCACUUCCAGCAGCAGAUCCAGCAGCGACAGCAGCAACAGCAGCACCAGCAGCAGCACCAACAGCACCAGCAGCAGCAGCAGCACCAACAGCACCAGCAGCAGCAUCAACAGCAGCACCAGCAACAGCAGCAACAGCAGCAGCAGCAACAGCAGCAGCAACAGCAGCAGCAGCACCAACAGCAGCAGCACCAACAGCACCAACAGAUGGGUGGCGUGGAACACCACCAGCAGAUGUUCAUGCCUCCCCAGGGCGUCCCUCCUCCAUUCGGACAAUACGGGCAGCCCUUCAUGCCACCCCCGGUGCCUCAGCCCGAUUACCCUCCGCCCACAGAGCAGAGUGCCGAGGUGGAGAUGGACAUGGACAUGGAGAUUGAGCAGCAGGAGGAUCUGGCCAUGAUGGACUAUCGUCACGGCCAACGAUCCCGCUCACCAACACGCUCCAGCAGGUCCCCGCGUCGCUUCCGUUCCCGAUCACGCUCUGGCUCGCGCAAGAGGAAGUACCGGCGGCGCUCGCGCUCGCGAUCACGCGACCGGCGCCGGCGCGCGUCACGCUCGUUGUCACGGGAGAGGCACGAGAGGGAACGUGAGCGCGAGCGGGAGAAGGAGCGGGAACGCGAGCGCGAGCGGGAGAGGGAGCACGAGAGGGAGCGUGAGAAGAAGGGCUUCCCGCCGAUGAGACCCAACGCGCUCAGCGUCUGCAGCACCACACUGUGGCUGGGCCAGAUCGACAAGCGAACAAAUCAGCAGGAUAUCCUCAACCUCUUUGAGGAGUAUGGCCAGAUUGAGUCGAUUAACAUGAUUCCUCCGCGUGGCUGUGCCUACGUGUGCAUGGUCCAACGGCCAGAUGCUGUACGUGCCCUACAGAAGCUCAACAAGGGCAAGAUGAACUCCAAGUCCAUCAAGCAGAUUGCAUGGGCGCCCAAUAAGGGCGUCAAGUCGGAGUACAAGCAGUACUGGGACGUGGAGACGGGCGUCACGUACAUCCCGUGGGAGCGCGUCAAACGGGAGCACCUAAACCUCUUCACAGACGGCGGCGUCAUCGACGGGGAGACCAUGUGCUCCGACUGGGAGGACAAGCCAAAGGUUACCGAAGAGGAAGGUGACAAGAAGCCCCACGGUGACAAGAGCCCUGAUUUCAAGCCUGCCACACCCACACAGGCUGAGCCCAUGCAGACGCCCAAACCCCUGGCUACUCUGCUUCCACAGGUGCCAGUAAGCCAAGGCAUGUCAAUGCCGCCAGUGCGGAUGGUGCAGCCGCCCCCCUCGUUCGCGCACACAAUGCCCCCUUUCAACCCGGCGAUCCCCCCACCACCGUUCCUGCGGGCUCACUUCAACCAGAACACCCCUCCUCCAGGCUUUCUGACUGCCGGAGCUGUGCCGCCUCCAACUGGAGUGCCCCCAGUGCAACCCUCCGCACACAUGAUGCAGGGCGUCCCCAUGAUGGGUCUGCCUGGUAUGAGCACCCCUGGCGGACCCGGUGGGCCCGGAGCCAUCAAGCCGGCCAGCCAGGAGAGCCAUAGCGACCGGGAGGCUUCGUCGGAUGGGCAGCAGCAGCGGGGCGGCAUGCCGCGCAUGCUGACACCCGGACCGCAGGCGGGGACGCUGAGCAAAGAGGCGGCAGCAGCCGUGGCUAUGCUGGCCGGACGUGCAGGCAUUAUGCCCACCGCUGACGAAGACUCUGCGCCAAUGCUGCCACCUCCGCCACCGCAGCAGCAGCAACAGCAGCAACAGCCUCAGCUGCCGCACAUGCUGCCCCGCAUGCUGGGCCCGCCGGGCCAACAGAACGUCAUCUUGGGCCUGGGUCUUCCCGGGCAGCGUCUGCCGCCUGGCGUUUUCCCGCAAGCUAUCCGGCCGGGCAUCCUGCCCAUUCCUCUGAUGCAGCGUUUCCCGGCCGCCAUGCUGCGGCCCGCUCUGUUAGCGCGACCUAACCUCCCGGGCGGUCCGCACACCCUCAUGGGUCUUCCGUCGCUGUUGGGGCCCAGACCGCUGUUCCCAUUCCCUCCAGAGGGAGCGGACGGGGAGGAGGCCCCAGCGAGGAUGCUGCCUGCGCCUGAGCGGCGCUUUGCGGCCGGCUCGAGCACAGGGACGGGUGGUGGUGGUGGUGGUGGUGGGGCGGCAAGCGCCGCCAGUGAAAGUUUCUCGAAGGAGUCGUCGGGCGGGCAGGAGGGCGACCGAGACUACCGCUUCAUGCAUGCUGCAGAGUCCACCAGGGAGGAAGAGCGGGGCAGUGACGGGAGGCGGGGCGACCGUGAUGAGCGGGAGCAGGGCUUUGGGCACAGGUUCCGGGGAGGCGGAGGGAACAGGGGCAGACACCUUUCUGAUGAGGAUCGCUCAGAAAGGUUCGGUGGCGGUGGUGGCGGCGGCGGCGGCGGUGGUGGCGGCGGGAGGAAUUUCCGCUUUAGCGGGCGGGACGAGGAGAGGCGUGAGUGGGGCGGCAGGGGCUUCGAUCGUGAGAGGAGAGGCGGCGGGUUUGAUCGUGAGCGCCGCGGCAGUUUUGAGCGCGGCGGGGAGAGGCCUUGGGAGCAGCGAGGGCGCAGCCGCGACGAUUUCAGCCGUGACCGAGAGCCGGGAUUUCGCCGUGACCGCGACCGGGAGAGGUCGCGAUCGCGUGAGCGCGACAGGUCCAGAGAGCGUGAUCGUCGCGGGCCGAGGAUGCUCCCAUAUCCCGAGCCCCAGGAGGAGGCGGCACGGGCUCCCUCUGACGCCAUCGUCGCCACUGCCAGCAGCCCUGAACGACGGCUGCAGCCCAACGGGGAGGCGCAAAAGUCGCCUGCUGUCCCCCAACAGGAGUCGGCCAUUCGCUCGGAGUCAGUGCUGGGAAAGGAGCCCACAUCGCUGCCUAUCCCGGAGCCAAUGCCACAAGAGCAGGAGCCCCCAAAGCAGCAGCCAGAGCCACUGCAGCAACAGCAAGAGAAUACCGAAGAGAAGCAGCAGGAGCAGCAUCAAGAGAAGACUCAAGAUAGAGCGCAGGAGCAGCCGCCUGCCAACGCUGAAAAUGCGGUGGCCAUGAAGUCGGACAUUGAUGAGAGGGCUGGUCCCAGUCCUCCGUUGUGCAAGCCAGAGGGUGACGGGGAAAAGACGGCUCCAGCGACCACUCCUGAUUCACCCAACGUGGCAGCCGCAGAGAGCUCGGCGUGACGAACACACAAAUGAUUUUAAAAUAUAGGACUGGGUUUUUAAUGGCACCCUGCUUUUCCAAGCAAGCUCUUCCGACUUUUGGAAAGAAAAAAAAUUCAGUUGCAACGCUCAACAUUUACAGAAUGUUUUAUUUGUGGAAAAAAGGAUUCACUGUAAGGGUCAAUAAAAAUGAAAACACGGUUUUUUUUACACGAUCUGUACAAACUGGUGGCCUUUUUAAGUGCAGGAGUUUUGGUCCGAUUGUCCAUUUGAGACUUGAAAUUCAGAUGUAAGUGUGACUUGAGCAUUACUAUAUAAAUACAGUCGUUAAUUUUACCUUUUUAUUUAGGUGUACAAGACGUAUUGCAUGUCCGGUGCAGCUGCUGACAUUGAUGGGCCAUGUCAAAUGAACCUGAAUGUUUUUUGUCCUCAAAGUGUUAGCUUGAUUACUGCCAUCAUUCCCAAGCAAGGUUAUAUUUAACAAAACAAACCAAAAUUUGGAACAGAAUAGCAUGGGAAUAAAUCUUUUUAUUUUUAAACUGCGUCUUCAAACAACUUCCCGUUGUAAUAUUUUUGUUUUGAAGAUGGCCUGGUGUGUUGCACGUAUCGGAUAAGGAAGGGAAUGUGUUUUCAACAAAUCUGGUGGGCAAAACCUCAUGUUGCAGGCAUUAAAGUGCACCGGUGUUCUUAAAGCGAGAACACCAACAAUGCUCUCUUAGAUAGUUCCGUAUGCACAGUUAACACAUUUAUUUUGAUGGAAUCUGUGGUCUGUGACGCGCAUUUCAGAAAACACCCAGUUGAAUGAACGGACCUUGAGAAAGUUGCCUUAUUUGCUGUAGAGCAGUGAAUUUUAUCCAGUAUGCGUGUGAUAUUCACAGGGCGUGACACGAGCCCAACUAAAUUUAAUGAGCUCAAAUUUUUCGGGAGACAUUUCAAAGCUCGAUGUACUUAAGUACUAGUAUGGUGUGUGCUGUUUAAAAUAUCUACCUGCGCAAAAAAAAAGCACCAGACUUCCACCACGGCCAACAUAAAACAGCAUGUGCUAUCGUCACUCAGAAUACAAUAGUUAUAUAAGAUGAGAGGACUUUGGCGGUGCCAUGGGCUGCCCACCUCAGGUCCGCUGAUGCCGGCCCCCUCCACCCCGUAAUGUGCACGAAUCCGUUCAAUCAGUGGCCACGGGUUCUCAUCUCAGAUUCGAUCGCCCGUGGUGCGGGGGCUUGGUCUCUACCGCCACUUUCUGUGCACCUCUUGCCUGUUGCAGUGCGCGCCGCACGCCACGGUAAGUGCGUCGAGCUCGUCCUGUGGAGCGGCGCCGCCGGCCCUGUGCGAGGGAGAGCGGUAACGCUUGGACGAGGGAGUGCAGGAGCAAGCGAAGCGCACAAGCAAAGAGGGAAGCGCUGGGUGAGGGCCAUGCUUGCCCGGGUGGGUAGGUAGGUAUGGGCAGGUAGGGACUUGUUUUGCACCACACCGCACUCCCAGGACCGUGCUCGGCUGAGACGGUUUUCCCAAUUUUAAGGCAGUGUUGCCUAAACCGUCGUAGCUUUGUCCAGUUAAUGAUUCAGAACUGUUUGUCCCCCCCCCGCUCUCAUAAUUCCUAGACUUCAUAAUUUACGUUUUGCAGUUUACAAUGGCAAAGCCAAUAUCCUGAACCGAGCUGCUGAGUUUCCCAGUGGCUUCCUUUCGUCUUGGUUGAAUUGGUCUAUGAAAACGUGGAUAUUGGCACACCUUGUUCAACAAGUUGAUAUUUAAAAACUGAUAGGCAAACAGCUUGUCUUCACGAGCCACAGAGUAAACAUGUGAAAGUGGAUUCGAAUAUUUAGGUAAUGUUUUGAGUUAACCCAUGGUAAAUGCGCUAUGAUACAUUUAGGCAAUCGGCUUGUUUUUUUUGCAAUUUAGCAUAAUCUGAAUUUUUUAUGUGUUUUCAUGCUUGUUAUCAAUGUCUCCCUGUAAGCCAGCAGUGUACUAAGGCGUCUGCUAUUCGAGGAAUUUUAAAGUAUUACACUUUAUGCCCGAUGUGAACCUAAAACAAAUCGGCUGAUGACGGUGUGCGUCAGAAACGAGGGCAAAUUACUAUCCGCUGAAAACAAGUUAUGUAUAUUCGUUUUAUACAUUUUGGCUCAUGCACAUGGAAUUGGAAAUUCUGUGGACGUCAGGGCAGCAUUCUUAAAAUGUUAAUGCUAGGUUUUACACCUUGCAGCUAUGUGUUGUGUUGCAUCUGCGGUGUACAAUCGUAGAAUAGUCAGCGUUGCUGACUCGGGCAGGUGAGGAUAGACGCUCACUGCUUUGGUCGUUUUAUUUGGUCGAAGCGUCAGUUACCAGGGCUGGCGAUGACGUCUAUGAGCCCCCCCCCCUGCCCCCCAUGCCACCAGUGGUGGCAGGACUUGUGUGUCCGAGCGGUGCAGAUGUUACCAGAGCCCCCAGGCACCAGACUACAAAGAGGAGGGGAGCAGGGGGGGAGGGGGGUAAUUUAAUUUCUUUCGCCAGGAUCCAUGCCAAGUGUGUCGCCACUUCCCGAUUCAUUCCGGUGGGGGGAAGCGGGGGCGGGGGGGGGUCUGCAAUGGCUGAGGGCGGUAGGGCCUUUGCACUCAGCGACUGGGGAAACGUGGCAUGGGGGACGGGGGUGGUGGCGGUAGUUGUCGGUGCCUGGGGUCAAUGUAGGAGGAUUCUUGAGAGGCUGCCUCGUUGAACCAGAGCCACGACAGAUUUACACACUCGCGCAUCGCGUGGUGCUUUCUUCCGAGUAUCCUUGCGGUGGAAUGUUGGCAGUAAUUGAGAGGUGGUGAAUCUUUAAUGAGUUUUUGUUUGUUUAUCAAAUGUAAUUUCAACCACCUGUGCGUUGCCUUUUUGCACGGAGAUGGCAGCGAAGCUGUGUAAGCCUUUCCUUGCGCACAUUUAGUGUGUAAGCCUUUCCUUGCGCAUGCGUUUUAACGCGUAGGCUGACGGUGAUGUUAUCACCUUUACUUUAUUUAAGACCGAAACAUGGAAGACUUCUUCACAAUUGUGGCUAAUCGCCCAAUGAAGCUGGUUGUUAGUCACCGGCUGAAACGUACUCGGAAUUGUCAAUGUGGUUUUAUUCCCCCAACACACCGGUGUGCUGAACUAGUAACGAAUUGGCACGUUCUAUUGGCGUGACAAACCGUACUCAUUAGCUGUCGGAUGGUGGUGGCGGGUUGAACGAGACAUUUACGCCGAUCUAACCCCAAAACAAUAAUCUGUAUUAGGCAUGCGGUCUCCUUGCAAAUGCAGCAGGUGGUGCCCCACAAGCGCGGGGUGGUUUUUUUUUGUCCCCUUAAUUUUGUGCACCGCUGACUUCAAAUCAGAGAUCGCCCCAUAAACCUGGGAGGACUUCGACCGCAACACAUUUAACGUAUUUUGUUUAUCCAGACAUUGCAUUCAAGUAGAAUUGAACACGUUUUGUAUUUUUAAAGUUCAUCCUGCAUGCCCCAAUGUAACUGCAAGGUAAUCGGGUGUUAUUUGCCCACUGGAAUGGAAACGGACCUGCACACGUCAAGGACAUCGAGUGGAACUUCGGAAUGUGCAUGAUGUUAAAUCAGGCAAACGUGGAACACAAUUUUCCAUUGCAAUUCUACAAUGCGUACCAAAUCCGUACUCCUGCACAGUUUGUACAGAUCAUAAAUGUGAAGGCGAAGCUUGGGUUAAAAGCGAAUUCUUUUUCUGGUUUUUAUUAACCGUCGUGUACAUUUAACUUGCUGUAGACUAUUGUACAUUUUGAUGUCGGCAUUGGACACCCACGCUGCGUGAUCGGUUCAGGGAAUCGGGGACCCUGCUCAGCACACUGGCGAAACCCGUGUUACCCAUGGAUUUGUGAUGGGGAAAAAAAAUUGUUCGACGUUUUAGUCUACAAAACGCUUGCAUCCUUGCCUCUUUUCGAAACUCUUCAAGUCUACUUUUAAUAGUUUCGUCAAUACGUUUAGUUCGUGGAACGGACACGUGCUCUCAAUUUAAAUACUCUUUCCCAACAAUUGCCCUGUCCUACGGGCGGUUCUCCAAACUAAUUGUACACUCAAAAAUGUUUUUGGGUUAGAUCGCGUCAGUAUAAAUGUGACCGUCCACCAUCCUGACAUAGCCAAUAAGAUUUGUCACGUAAACGUACGAAUUAGUUACUGCAGCCCACCGGUGUGUUGGAGAGUAAAUCCACAACAUUUACAAUUUGAAACUUGAUUUGGAGCUCUCGUGACUGCAGGAAUUAAUCUUUGGUUCUUUCGGUAAAGUCACGUAAAUUUGAAUACGACGUUCAGCUCGUAAUUACAUCGAGCAUCAUCGCGCGAAAUGUUGUCGAUUUACUCUCCAACGCACCGGUGCACUGAAGUCGUAACUAAAUGGCGCGUUGUUUACGUGACAAACCUUACUGGCUGUGUUGGGUGGUGGAGGGUUACGACGCACUUAUACUUACGCGAUCUUACCCAAAAACUUUUUUUUAUGAACAAUAUUGGUCGCGAAAGCCUACGUGUUCAAGUGUACACUGAUCUACCUUCAGCCAACUUGUUCAUUUUGAGAUCCUGCGAGUCGACUAAACACAGGAUGUGACUUUGUUCACCAUGGCACCGGUGCAGCAGUGCUGUUCACGUUCCACUUCCCCACCCACCGUCUCCGUGUAAACUUUCCGCAGCACCAAGAAGCGAUAUGCCAGAGUUUGGGCAAGCUACCGCGCCGUCUGCAAACGUGGGUUGCUGCUUUGUACCCUUGGUGAAAUAAAGCGGUGCCCGUGUCACUCACAAUGUUCCCAGUGUAAUAAUCUCCGAUCUACGGGUUGGAAGGAGAGAUGCGGUGCCAUUGUUGGCCACGUGUUUCUGAGCCACGCUUGGCCACAGCGUGAAAAACAGGAAAGGUAUUGCCGCGCGUAACUUUUGCGUUCGAACGGUGGCAAUGUUUUUUUUAUUUGACUGUUCGGAGUGAUGUGACCUAGCUCUCAUGUACAAAGGAUUUAAACUUGUGUUCCUGAAUCGCAUUGCUGUAUAUCUCUGUGAACCCUACAUGUUUAACUGCUUCAGCCAUUUCCCUGCCAAGGGGUGUGUCCGUGGACUUGUAUCGCUCGACAGGCUUGCCGCUAGUGUGACUAAACCACGAACCUUCUUCGGAGAGAAAACACGUUUUAAUAUGUAGACUAAAAUGAUGCUUGUGUUGAUUUUCUUUUGUAAUGUGUAUUUCACAAUAAAAAAAAUCAGCUGCUGCGA